CCCGCGCUCGCCCCGCCUGACGCUCCUGGAGUCUGUCCUGCUGGGCUCCAGGCCCACGACAGGCGGAAUGGAGUUCUCGGAGCUGAUCCGUACGGGCCAGGCCCAAGCCAAGCUCCUGCGGGGUCCGGAGGCGCCCCCACUGCGUGGCGCGCUAUGCGUCACCGGCCACCACCUGCUGCUGUCGCCAGGGCCCCAGGUCACUUCAGACCUGUGGCUGCUGCUGUUGCGUAGUAGUGUAGACUCCAUCGAGAAGCGGGUCUCGGGUGGCUUCGGCACCAUCACGUGGAGCUGUAAGGACCUGCGAGUGUUGCAGCUGGACAUAGAGGGCUUGGGAGCGACGCUGGACAUCGCCCGCUCCAUGGAGGGCUUGAGAUUGGGCGACGCCUGGCACUUCCACCCACCCGAACGCUACGAGCGAGUAGCCCGCGAGACCAACGCGUGGCGGCUGAGAGAGGUGAACGAGAACUUCAGCUUGUGCCCCAGUUACCCCCGCGCCGUGAUCGGGCGCGCUGUAAAGGACCGGGCCCUGGCGCUCAGCUCCCGCUUCCGCCCGGGAGGCCGCUGCCCGGUGCUCAGCCACCACCACGCCCCAGCGAACCGUGAGCCCACCCACCCAGACUCCGCUACUAAGACCAACUGCGGCCCUUCUCGGCCCUUUCCUGCACGGCCGGGCCAAUUCGUCGCGCGCCUCGAGCCCCUGACUGGUCCCCAGAAAAGGUGCUGCGCUGAGGACGAGGAGCUGCUGCGAGCUGCAGGCGCUGGCCCUGGGGCCCGGGGCUUCAUCUUGGACACCCGCGGGGCUCAGGCCGCCAAACAGGCCCGUGUGACCGGCGGCGGCACCCAGGCCAGAGGCGCCUGCCCUGGCUGGGAACGGCUGCAUUGGGGUCGCCCCCUACAGGAGAGUUUUGUGUGCCUGGUGGAAGCCUUUGGGGACCUGGAUGAGAGCAUGGACAGCUGGCUCAGUUGACUAGAGGGCUGCCGCUGGCUGGUACACGUGAAGGAGGCACUGAGCACCACCUGCCUAGCUGCCCAGGGCAUGGAAAGGGAAGGGGCCUGCAUCCUGGUGCAUGGGACUGAAAGCAUGGACAGCACCCGGUUUGUGACUUCGCUGGCCCAACUCAUCCUGAACCCCUUGAGCCGGACCAUGGCUGGAUUCCAGGAACUGGUGGAGCGUGAAUGGAUUCAGGCCGGCCACUCCUUCCAGCUGCACUGUGCCACCUUGGCCUUCUCCCAUACCUGCCCCAAGCAUGAGGCACCCAUCUUUCUCGUCCUGCACUGUGUGUGGCAGCUGGGCUGCCAGUUCCCGCUGUUGCUGGAGUUUUGGGAGGGGCUGCUGUUGGCUCUGUUUGAGCACGCCUAUGCCUCCCCUUUUGGCACCUUCCUCUGCAACAGCAGAAAGGAGAGUGCCCAGUACAGUAUCUGACUGGCAAGAACAUUGGCAGGAGAAAAGGACAGGUCAUCACUGCCCCAGGAGAUGGCUGUCACCCUACUCACCAGGGUCCCCAGUCCCGAAUCCCAGAAGGCAUAAUCGGAGUCUGGAAACUCACUCCCUAGAGAUGCCUGUGUAAAGUAAGGACUUGAACCCACUCCUUGUGGUCUGGGCUCAACCAGCCAAAUGAGCAACGGAAGCUCCGGAACUCACUCUACAUCCCAAAUCCCUUGGCCAUCUGGCCCUCUGUGGAGCCCCAGAGCCUGCGACUGUGGCAAGGUAACCCCCAAUCCCACCUUCUCCCCUGUGAAGCUAGCCCCUCUGCCCAGCUUCAUCUGUCCUCCUCCACAGGCCUGUUUCUGGACUGGAUCUGCCUGCCUGAACCUUCAGAGGUGGCAUGGGAGAAGGUGUGGCAAAUAGUGACAGAUAAGGAGAAAACAAAGGGCUGUCAGCCAACAGUUACAACCUCUGAGCUCCAACUUUAAGUGCUGGCUCCUUGGAUGAUGGCUGAAAUGUUCCUGAGACACCCCCCACCCUGCAGGGUCCCUCAGCACCAUUGGACCUUGGAUCAGGGCGUCUGCAACCCAGCCUAAUCUAAAACAUACAGAAACUCCAGGUUUGACGCAUCUUAUAGUGUCAGGAGAAGGUCUAAAUAAUAAAGAUCUCCACGACUAGUA